CAGCGCGACUCGCGGAGGAAGGGCUACGCCUACAUCAGCCGCUCACGUGAGAACAUCCCGACGGCCGUCGUUUCUCGCUCAGACAUUUCGGAGCUGCAUCAGUCUUCGCUCUUUGCUGUCUCUUUUUUUCACGAGAUCUCUACUGCAAGUGUCUCGUGUUUUUCUCACAGUCGAGUGCGAGAAGGAGAUCACGAGGUGAACUUGAUUAACACAGCAACAUGACGCUGCCAAAGAUUGCUAAUGUCGAGAAGGAGGCAAAGUUCGGCUAUGUCUACGCUGUAUCCGGACCUGUCGUCACGGCAGAGAAAAUGUCUGGAUCAGCUAUGUACGAGCUGGUUCGUGUAGGCUAUGAUGAACUGGUAGGAGAGAUCAUUCGUCUUGAGGGAGACAUGGCUACCAUUCAGGUAUACGAAGAAACCAGCGGUGUCACAGUUGGAGACCCUGUGCUCCGAACUGGUAAGCCUCUGUCCGUAGAGUUGGGACCUGGUAUUUUGGGCAGCAUCUUUGAUGGUAUCCAGCGUCCACUGAAAGACAUCAACGAACUCACCGGUUCCAUUUACAUACCCAAGGGUGUCAACACUCCUGCCCUGUCGCGUACCAUAGCCUGGGAAUUCAACCCACUGUACAUCAAGAAUGGAAGUCACAUCACUGGAGGCGACAUGUACGGUAUUGUACACGAAAAUACUCUGGUUAAGCAUAAAAUGAUUCUGCCACCAAAAGCCAAGGGUACUGUUACCUACAUUGCUCCAGCUGGCAACUACACAGUUGAGGAUGUUGUCUUGGAAACAGAGUUCGAUGGAGAGAAGACCAAAUACACUAUGCUCCAGGUGUGGCCCGUACGUCAGCCACGUCCAGUCACAGAGAAAUUGCCGGCCAAUCACCCUCUGCUCACUGGUCAACGUGUCUUGGAUUCCCUCUUCCCCUGUGUUCAGGGAGGUACCACCGCCAUCCCCGGUGCUUUCGGUUGCGGUAAAACUGUCAUCUCGCAGGCUCUGUCCAAGUACUCCAACUCCGAUGUCAUCAUCUACGUCGGUUGCGGAGAGCGUGGUAACGAGAUGUCUGAGGUACUGAGAGAUUUCCCCGAGCUGACUGUCGAAAUCGACGGAGUUACCGAGUCCAUCAUGAAGCGUACCGCCCUGGUCGCCAACACCUCUAACAUGCCUGUCGCUGCUCGUGAAGCUUCUAUCUAUACUGGUAUUACUCUGUCCGAGUACUUCAGAGACAUGGGUUACAACGUGUCGAUGAUGGCUGACUCGACCUCUCGAUGGGCCGAAGCUCUUCGAGAAAUUUCGGGUCGUCUGGCUGAGAUGCCUGCCGAUUCCGGUUAUCCUGCGUAUCUUGGUGCUCGUUUGGCUAGUUUCUAUGAGAGAGCCGGAAGAGUCAAGUGUCUGGGUAACCCAGACCGAGAAGGUUCCGUCAGUAUCGUAGGUGCUGUAUCACCCCCUGGUGGUGAUUUCUCUGAUCCCGUUACCAGCGCUACCCUUGGUAUCGUACAGGUGUUCUGGGGUCUCGACAAGAAGCUCGCUCAGCGCAAGCACUUCCCGUCCAUCAACUGGCUCAUCUCCUACAGUAAAUACCUUCGUGCAUUGGACGACUUCUAUGACAAGAACUUCCAGGAGUUCGUGCCUCUUCGUACCAAGGUCAAGGAAAUCCUUCAGGAGGAAGAAGAUUUGUCCGAAAUCGUGCAGCUCGUCGGUAAGGCUUCUCUUGCCGAAACUGACAAGAUCACCCUUGAAGUCGCCAAGCUGUUGAAAGACGAUUUCUUGCAACAGAACAGCUACUCGCCAUACGAUCGUUUCUGUCCAUUCUACAAGACCGUCGGUAUGCUGAGAAACAUGAUUGCUUUCUACGACAUGGCCAGGCACGCUGUUGAAUCGACGGCACAGUCUGACAACAAAAUCACAUGGAACGUCAUUCGAGACAGUAUGGGAAAUAUUCUGUACCAACUCAGUUCCAUGAAGUUCAAGGACCCUGUGAAAGACGGCGAGGCGAAGAUCAGAUCUGACUUCGACCAGUUGCACGAAGACAUUCAGCAGGCGUUUAGGAAUUUAGAAGAUUAAAUUUUCGCAAUAUUUAUGUGAAAUUCUUGUUAUCGUACUGCCUGGAGUUCCAGUGUGAAAACAAACAUGCCGAAUACGGGAAUUAUUCCAGUUGCAGUCGUUUGGGGUUGUUCCAAUUAUACAAAAAAAAAAUCAUGCCGUCAUACCACAAAAAUUAUAUAAAAUAAUUUUAAAAAAGAUUAAUGUGUAAGGAAAUGUGAGAAUACCGAGAGAAGAUGAGAACGGUCGUGUUUGCUGACUGGUGGCUGUUUUAUUUUAUUAGGCCAAAGUAGUGUUAUUAUUAAUUUUUUUUUUUUCAAGUUGAGAAAAACACGCUUCACGCGCGGAGAGUGCUAUCAAAACAUUCCAUAGCAUAUCCGAACGCCACGGAAAUCCUGGCUUAGAAAAUUUUAUUGAACGCAAUUCAGAAUAGUUUAUUGAGAAUGAACUGUUUUUUUGUGAUCGACUUAAUUUUUAAUCUGAGUUUUAUCCAGACUGCAGAUAAAAGAAAGUACACUUGGUGAUUUUUUUUUUAUUAUUUAUUCAAGUGCGAUGAUUCAGCAAUUAUGUAUUAAAAGAAAAGUAUUCGACCCUAUUGAAUUUUCUUUAGGGGACAAAUAGAGAUAACCUAAAUCUUUAAAAGGUCUAAUUGUUUUAUGGUGUGUAUUGCACGUUCGUUAUGUUUCAAAGAAGCUCAAGAUUUGUUGUCAAUUGAGUUGUAUAGACUUGAAAUAAGUAAGAUUCAAAAUAUUCUGUCUAUUUGUAUUGUUUUCAAUGUGGUUUUCUAAUCGGGGCGCAUACCUGACUAACCAUUAGUUAUUAAGUGCAAAUAUUAGUUUCAUUUUCAAGAGCACGAAAAAAAGUAUUUCCUGACAAUUGAACAUACAGAACAACUGCUAAAUAAGUUUAUUUUUUUUUUGCAUAUACAGAUAUAAUCACGAUUGAGAUGACUCUUAUUUUAAAUAGUUUUUGAAAAUGUACUCAAACCAAUGCAAAGUGUUUUGAAAACGAAACUGACGUGGUUCGUACAUAGAAUGCUUUAGUUUUUUAAAACAAAAAAGGAAUCAUAGAACACGUUUUUGAAUUGAAAAAUCGUAUUAACAUUCUCCACUCCUCACUUUCUUCCAUCCUAAUUUUAUAUAGUAUACGGGAUACUUGCAAUUAGUCGUGCGCUUUGAGACGUGUACAUUUCCGUUUUCUCGUGUACGCGCCAAAAAUAAAUUAUGCGAUUGCAUAAAAUAUGAAUCAAGUCUUAGGACCGAUACUUAAAAGGUGAAAAAAUAAGGAAUCAACGAUGAUGUUAAUCUCGUUGCUUAUUAAUCGAGCCUCUUAUAGAUUAUAUUUUUUCCUUCCCCUCACGCAUAAUAAACAGAUAUGAACAAACAAAUAAUGGCUCGUUUAUAGUUUGAAACUCGGCGAUUUGAGAAAGACUGUUGUACAUAAUUACAGAUCUACGUCUGUACAUAAAUCUAAUGGAUUAGGUAUGAUUGUAGAUCAGAUAGAAAGAGAAAAAACUUAGAUUUUGUGAACAUUUUUCAAAUUUCAAAAAUGAUGAUUCAUCUUUGAUCGUACACAGAUUAACGACCGCAUAAUUAUGUGCAGAAUUUUUUCUCAAUAUUCGAACCGUUAUUUUUUCUCUGCAAAAAUGUCAUUCGAUCGCUGUACAUAGAUAAUAACUAUAUCACACUGUUCAUCGUGACUAUGAAUUAGCUGAUCAAUGUUUCGAUGAGCUCUGAGCGAAAGAGGAAUAAAAACUCAUUAGAGAGAAAGCGAACUCGAGACCGACUCGCACUUGCUGUCAAUACACAUCCCAUUCAAGACAAUAAAAACAAGAAAAAUUAAGCAAAUGGGACACCCCUAAACGUCAUCUAUAUUUGAAUGAAAACGACAAAAAAAAUCAUGUGUUUCUAAUAAUUGUAAACUAUAAUUCCUAUAUUUUAACGACGAUCGUGGAUGAAAUCUCAAAUCAAGUACGAUCUCCGUAUGCUACCGUUUCCUGGGCACAAAGUCUUUUCGCUCAGACCAGCAACUACUCGUGAUCCAUGUGAAUCGAUUUUUCUUCGUUCAAUCGCAUUGUUCAUGAGUAAUGCUUUCUAUACUGGUACAUAAGACGGAAAAUUGUAAUCGUUAAUUCUUGGAAAACAAAACAGCCAGAGACUUUGUUCCUCGGGACCACACAAUCGAAAACUCGCCAUCGAUUAUCUGUUAUGCGUACGAAUAAACGAUUAUUAUUACAUCAAAGCUGUUACACAAGUCAUGGAAGCGUUGUAAUGAACCGCGCGGAAAAUUGUUCUUCUCCGUUACAACUAUAUAAUAGACGCAAUAUAUCCAACUUUGUGCAUUUCUUUCGGCCAACGACGUCGCGCCAACCUCCAAGUCGACUUCACUUUGAACUAUGCACAAAAUACGACAAAAAAAAACAAAAAAAAAAGUAAUAGCAAACAACCAUUAAAAAAAGCAACGAUCAAGAAUAAUAUGUAUACAAUCCUAUAAUCAUUGUACAAUACAUUAUAACAAGGAGGAAUAUCCGCGCUGCGAGGAAAAAAGCUCUCGGUCCGUCCGUACGCGUCCGCGAACACCCUACACGCAAUAUACAAAAGAAUUGAACACAUGGCCUUGGCGUCGCGAUUUGGACGCGUAGGUCGGACCAUCGACAGGUUUUUUCUUAUUCGCGCACUGAGAGAAAGAUAUUUGAGAGAUAAAUGCGUAUUGACUCGUGGAGUAUUAUUAUCUAUUGUAUCAUAUAUAUUAUUAUGUUAUGUAAACGUAACAGAAAGUAUACAUAGGCGUUAAAUAAUGUUAUACAAUGUUAAUAUAGACAGUUUUAAGAAUGGUAGGCUAAACAAAAAAAAAUUAAAUAAAACGAAGAAAAUGUCAAGGUGCUGGGUAUCGCAGUUGAGGAAAGACUACGAGAGAAGAGUUGAAGAUGCAAAGAGGAGGCUCUCCAUUAUGUCCAGUUCCAGCAGCUUCAGUAUCAUUUCCAUUGUAUGAUAUGUAAAAAAAAAAACGAAUAAAAAGCUAUGCACAAUA